GGAGAACAUCUCACCGGCCACCUUUAUUUAGGGGGCGAACAUACGGUAGGAGUAAAUGCGGAGAAUCCCGCUCCGACUGGCCAAAAUUUCGGGCGAGCAACCGCGAAAGGGGCCAGCCUUGGCUGUUCGUAGGAGGGAAAGAAGUCACGAGAACGCAAAUGACUCCGACCACAAAAACCGUAAUCAAAAAGAAACUUCAUGAUAUUCCACUCUGACCGACCGGGUGGCCCAGGAGUCGGCGGGAACAGCUUCACCCUGCUUACAGCACCGGUACCCUUAAUACCCGGGAUGAUAUUGCACUCGAACCGCCCUCAACCACGGCAUGACGAAGGCCGGACGAGGGUGCGCAAGGAUCAGUAACCUAACGGGGAUUUUUUUUAAUUACCCUACUUUGACAAACUCGCCUUCUGCUUGCCAGAUAUCCCUGUUUGUCACUCGUCGUUGGUUCUUCUCUUUUCGGCCUGCCUCCAUUGGGGACGGUACUGUACCGGUGGCGUUGCUCGGACUUUGCCUCGGCUUUCAUCCUCACUGCAAGGACUAGCUUCCAUUCCCUCACACCUGGCCCGCUAAUUUGCUUUCCUUUCAUAAAUCGACCCCCUCCAAAGCUUGUUGAAUUACUGGAGGGGGUUGCACCAUCACCAUGACCACCACAUUGGGGUGGAAUCGUUCAAGGUUGGCAUACCCCAUUUGGAGCUUUGAUGGUGUUUCUUGUUUGUCCUGCGGUAGACAACUGGUUCAUUUUCGUUUUUUGUUCUGUGCUUUGGGCCGUUGUAUCAUUCCCUAUUUGGUGAUUAGAUUUUAGGAAGAUAUUUGGACCUCGGUGCGUGCCGGAGUGGGCAUUGAUUCAACGUCAAUGUGUCCGGACACUUGAUAAGUAGUAAAAUAUAGCCGUUGGGCUCCGGUCUUGUACCUACAUCAAUAUAUCGGAUUCAACAAGAAGGGAUGAAGAAGGAAGGAAAAAAAAAGUCAAAUCAAAAAAUCACUCAACCCCCUACCGUGGUCCCUGACGGCUAAGGUAUGGACAAACCUACUUAAAGGCCACGAACAUCUCUUUGACCCUCCUCUCCUCCCCCUUUUCCUCCCACUCACAAUUUUGCAAAGCAAAGAUCUCCCCUCCGCACUCAACGAACCAAACUUCAAACUCAAUUCAACAUGUGUGAUAACAAGACCGACAAGCAAUUUGCGGUUUGCGUCUUGUAAGUUUGCUCCUGCAUGAUGUCUCUCUCUCUCUUCCCCUCAGGGUGCCAGGUGACUGACUGACACGGCGAUAGCUGCGGAGCAAGCCCGGGGACUGGAUCUCAAUUUAUGGAAACCGCUAAGUCCCUCGGUGCGGUUCUCCACGAGAACGGUUGGUCGUUAGUCUACGGCGGCGGCACUGAGGGCCUCAUGGGCGCUGUGGCUUGCUCUUUGACCUCCUUGGGCGGGAACGUCCAUGGCAUUAUCCCCGAGGCUCUCAUUCGUAGGGAGCAAGCUGUGAUUGUGCCUUCCGUCGAGGAAUUUGGGAGGACAACGGUGGUCCAGGACAUGCAUACUCGCAAAGCUAUGAUGGGGAAAGAGGCAGAUGCUUUCAUCGCAUUGCCCGGUGGCUUUGGAACCAUGGAGGAACUCUUCGAGAUCGUCACAUGGAAUCAGCUUGGCAUCCACGAUUGUCCGAUUAUCAUUCUCAACGUUAACGGGUAUUACGAUGGACUCUUGGAGUGGAUCUCGGCCGCUGUCGAUAAUGGGUUCAUCUCGGACGGCGCUAGUGCUAUCAUCUCGGAGGUAAAGUCUGUUGACGAAAUUCCUGACAAGAUUAGGAGCUACAAGCCCGCUCCUGGAAGGUUGGACUUGGACUGGAGUAACCAGUAGAGAGGGUGGACAAUUUUUUCUUUAGAUCACUGGCGAUACAAUGGGUUUCAUGGCAAGGUUGGAGUUUGGUGCUUUCUGCCGUUAGUACAAUGUAAAUGCCUGUAUCUGCUCAAAAACUCUCCAGUGAAUUCUCAUCUUGUGAACUGUGGACGGAAUCUCCCAUGAAAUUCCGCUGGCAGUCUCUUUUGCUUUUGGGCAUCAAUUAACAGUUGUGCUCCAAAUAAGCGAUGCCUUUUCAUUUACUGGUCUAUUCAGAGGUAUCCAUCGAUUCUGC